UCCUAGGUAGCGUAAAAAUGGUGGAAGCAGAUCGUCCCGGAAAGCUGUUCAUUGGUGGGCUGAAUACAGAGACGAAUGAGAAGGCUCUUGAAUCUAUCUUUGGCAAAUAUGGUCGCAUAGUAGAAGUUCUUCUCAUGAAAGAUCGUGAAACCAAUAAGUCAAGAGGAUUUGCUUUUGUUACCUUCGAGAGCCCUGCGGAUGCCAAGGAUGCUGCCAGAGAUAUGAAUGGAAAGUCUUUAGACGGAAAAUCCAUUAAAGUGGAACAGGCCACUAAACCAUCCUUUGAAACCGGUAGACGUGGUCCCCCACCCCCUCCAAGGAGCAGAGGCCCCCCCAGAGGUCUUAGAGGUGGAAGAGGUGGCAGUGGAACACGGGGUCCUCCUUCAAGAGGAAGCCAUUUGGGUUCUUCUAGGGGCCCUCUUCCAAUGAAGAGAGGUCCACCUCCACGCAGUGGGGGCCCACCACCUAAAAGACCUGCUCCUUCAGGACCUGUACGUAGCAGCAGUGGAAUGGGAGGCAGAGCACCCCUGUCACGUGGCAGAGACAGCUAUGGCCCACCUCGUAGAGAACCACUACCAUCACGAAGAGAUGUCUACUUGUCUCCAAGAGAUGAUGGUUACAGCACUAAAGACAGUUAUUCAAGUCGAGAUUAUCCAAGUUCCAGAGACGCAAGGGAUUAUGCGCCACCUCCACGAGAUUAUGCCUACCGUGAUUAUGGUCAUUCUAGUUCACGUGAUGAGUACCCCUCAAGAGGUUACAGUUAUUCCUCUUACAGUGACCGCGAUGGCUACGGAGGGCGUGACCGGGACUACUCGGAUCACCCAAGUGGAGGCUCUUACAGAGAUUCAUAUGAGAGUUAUGGUAACUCACGUAGUGCUCCACCUGCACGAGGCCCCCCUCCAUCUUAUGGUGGAAGCAGUCGCUAUGACGAUUACGGGAGCACCCGAGAUGGGUAUGGUGGAAGUCGAGACAGUUACUCAAGCAGCAGAAGUGAUGUCUACUCAAGUGGCCGUGAUCGUGUUGGAAGACAAGACAGAGGCCUGCCCCCUUCUAUGGAAAGGGGCUAUCCGCCUCCACGGGAUUCAUACAGCAGCUCAAGCCGCGGAGCACCCAGAGGUGGCGGCCGUGGAGGAAGUCGCUCUGAUAGAGGUGGAGGCCGAAGCAGAUACUAAACCUUUUAAACUAUUGGACCAAAUCAGUUUUUUCCUCAAACAAACGGAAUGUGGAAGUUCUAUCUUCACUCCCAGAGGACUACUGAAAAGUUGUUUUUACUUUUUUAUUGUUGCCUGUUAAGUUCCCCUCCAUGACUUAUGUUUUUUGUGAGGAAAAAGUAAACACUUGUUGUUUCAUUUCAAAAUUGUUAAUAUUCUCUCAAAAAGCGGAUGUUAAUGUAUGACAUUUGAGCCUGUAUUACUAGUGUUGUAACUUUCACAGUAAACGUUAACCCUAAAA